AUGAUGCGCCAAAGUAUUAGACCCUUGCGGGCUUUCUCAUCCGAAGUGUCAUGGAUCGCCCGUCGAACACAGGCAUCACUGGCUAAGCCAGGAGACCUUGUGCCAAACAAGCCAGAGCCCAGCAAGGACGAACAAGAGCCCCGGUUUCCUCGAUCCAUCCAGGCCCUGCACCUGAAGCCUCUAAAGCGAGAGGCCGAACACGGCAUCCCCUCAUGCGACCUUCAGCUUCGAUCCUUCAGCGUUCAACCCCUCGAAUUCUUCUCCGAUUUUGCUCUAAGAGCCGCUUACUACUUGGGCCUCCCCGCCUACGGUCCCGUCCCUCUCCCACGCAUCACCGAGCGCUGGACUGUCCCACGAGACAACUUCAUCUUCAAGAAGUCGCAGGAGAACUUCGAGCGAAAGACACUACGUAGACUCAUCCAGAUCCGCGAUGGAAACCCCGAGACAGUGCAGUUGUGGCUCGCAUACCUCCGCAAGCACCAGUUCUACGGCGUGGGAAUGAAGGCCAACAUGUGGGAGUUUAGCGAGCUGGGCGAGGGCAACAAGAUGGAUGCUCUACCAGAAGCAGAGAAGGGUGAGAUCGACGCCAAGUGGUCACAUCUCGGACAGACCAAGACUAUUGGAACAAUGGAGAAGGUUGAGGAGAUUCUUAACCAGCGACGGUUCCGAGAGGCUGCUGGUCUGAAGGUACCUCCUACAACGGAGGCGUAA